CACGGAGAGCUCGGCUUGGCUAGAGGCUACCGGAGCUGACAGUCCACGAUCGAUUGAUCCAUAAGAACUGUCAAACGUCGAACGAUGCCCUUGGCGUGAACGAUGUGUCUCGCGCGCGUCGUCUUUCGGAGCUGACCAUUGGCCAACAUCGACUUCAAGCAAUUUGCGAGUUCGUGAAAGAUUAUGCGCGAAUCAGUGAAGAGUGCUUUGAAAAGCAGUGAAGCACGUCGAGUUUUUUAGUCUGUCGUGGAAUGAGCGGAUAAAGUCUCGUUCAGACUUGAAAUAUCGGGACAUUGUUGUUGCGAAUCCGAGCAGUGCUAAUCGGCACAUAACGUGCCCGAUCGACGUUCGAGAAUGACAGUAAUAAGGAUGACCUCGCCGGUGACGCCUGGAUCGACCAGUCCGGAUUCGUCAAACGAGGCUCAGGCGCUGCAAGCAACCUCGAAACCGACUCAUCGAUUGAGUUUCUCCGUCGCGGCCCUGCUGGCGGAGGAUACCAGAAAGACGUCGGAGUCCCCGGCAAAGCAGGGUCCUCUCUUAAUGUCAUCCAGAUCAUCACCGGUCGUCUCGUAUUUGCCGAUUCGACAGGAACCUCGUAUCACCAUCAACACUAUGGUGCCGAAGCAUCUUUGCGACUUGAAAAUAUCAAGAUAUACUUCAUCGUCGUUGCCCAAUCAAGAAACUAGAUUGAGCCAUUGUGUCUCUCCUCACAAUGCUUCAGAUUCGGGGACACCACCAAGAUAUCCCGAAGUAAUCGAUUUCGCUUGUAGUAUCGAAUCACCCAGCAGACGAUCAACCUCUGGUAGCGUAGAUUAUCGAAUACAUCCGUCUACCGACAUCAGAACUACCCCGGAACCCAUGGUAGGCUGUUCCUCGUCUCCGAAAAUCAUCGGCAAUCAUCAGGAUGCUGGCUCGCAAUCACCUACGAACAGUUCUCAUGGUGAAAUUCACUCGAGGUGUUCAGAGACGGACGACGUCGAGGAGGACGAUGAAAGCAGACUAGUGGACGUCGAGGAUCUUCAGCAUCAUCCGUCCAGUCCAACUCCCGUUAGACCAACUCCAGCCUACCUUGGUGGUUUCUCCACUCUCGGUGGUAUACCCGGGAUUCCGCCUAAUUUUCACUCUGCAGUCUGGGGCGGCGGACAUCAGAAUGCAGCCGCAGCCGCUGCGGCGGCCGCAGCAGCCACCUUCUUCCCUGCUCACUUUUCUCAUCAUGCUCCUUUAAACGAGAACGGCGAGCCGGCUAAGAUUAAGUGCAACCUGAGGAAGCACAAGCCUAACCGAAAGCCCAGAACGCCCUUCACGACACAGCAGUUAUUGGCCCUCGAGAAGAAGUUCAGGGAGAGGCAGUACUUGAGUGUCGCUGAGAGGGCAGAGUUCUCGUCGUCGUUGCACCUCACGGAGACACAGGUGAAGAUCUGGUUUCAGAACCGACGUGCCAAAGCGAAACGUUUGCAAGAAGCGGAAAUCGAGAAAUUAAGGAUGUCGGCCGUGAGACAGCACCAUACGGCGCUCUACGGUUCACAUCCGGGACUCUUAACUUCCGCGGGACUUUACCCCGUAGGAAUGCUGUCUCAUCCAGGCUUAACACCUCAUCACGCGAUCACCCAGCAUCCCGCAAGGGAAUGAGAGUUGGAAGUUUGAACAAUACCGGGCAGAAAAACAGGUGGAUUAACUUGUCACCGCAUUAUGGAAUGAUUUCGGAUUAU